CCCCCAUGCCGUGCUCUUGCCGAUGGAUCAAGCCCAACUCCAAUCGAUCCUCGGCGCCGACCUCGGCCCGUUCCAAGCCCUAAUCUCUCAGCUCAUGUCCACCGCCAACGACCAGCGAUCUCACGCCGAGUCCAUCUUCAACUUCGUCCGCGAUCACCACCCCGACGCCCUAGCCCUCAAGCUCGCCGCCCUCCUCCACCAAUCCUCCGUCAUCGAGAUUCGCGCCAUGUCGGCGAUCCUUCUGCGCAAGCAGUUGACGGCGUCGUCCUCGUCCGGAGACUCGCAGCCGUCGUACCUGGUGCCGAGGCUUCUCGGCGCAGACGGCCAAGUUUGAGCUGAAGUCGCUGCUUCUGUCCAACGUGGCAGGGCGGGAGGAGGUGAAGACGAUUCUAAGAAGAAGCUUUGCGAUACGGUGUCGGAACUGGCCUCGAAUCUGUUGCCUGAUAAUGCGUGGCCGGAGAUGCUGCCGUUUAUGUUUCAGGCGGUGACUUCGGAUUCGCCGAAGCUUCAAGAGUCCUCGCUGUUGAUCUUCUCGCAGUUGGCUCAGUAUAUCGGGGAUACGCUGCUGCCGCAUCUUGGAAUGCUGCAUGGUGUGUUUUUGCAGGCGUUGACGAAUUCGAGCUCGGUGGAUGUGAGGAUUGCUUCGCUUGGGGCGUCGAUUAAUUUCAUACAGUGCUUGACGUCGGCUUCGGAUAGGGAUAAGUUCCAGGAUCUGUUGCCGGCGAUGAUGAGGACUUUGACAGAGUCGUUGAAUUCGGGGCAGGAGUCGACAGCGCAGGAAGCCUUGGAGCUGCUUAUAGAGCUUGCAGGCAGCGAGCCAAGGUUCUUGAGGAGGCAGUUGCCUGAAGUUAUUGGAGCUAUGCUGCAGAUUGCGGAGGCUGACGGGUUGGAGGAGGGGACGAGGCAUUUGGCUGUGGAGUUUGUGAUUACGCUGGCAGAGGCAAGGGAGAGGGCACCGGGGAUGAUGAGGAAGCUGCCACAGUUUGUUGGGAGGCUGUUUGCCGUGCUGAUGAAGAUGUUGCUUGAUAUUGAGGAUGAACCCGCCUGGCAUUCUGCGGAGGUGGAGGAUGAAGAUGCGGGAGAGACGAGCAAUUAUAGCGUGGGACAAGAGUGCUUGGAUAGGCUCUCGAUUGCACUUGGAGGGAAUACCAUUGUUCCUGUUGCUUCAGAGUUGUUGCCGGCUUAUCUUGCUGCUCCUGAGUGGCAGAAGCAUCAUGCUGCUUUGAUUACACUUGCCCAGAUUGCAGAGGGUUGCUCAAAGGUAAUGAUUAAAAACUUGGAACAAGUGGUAAACAUGGUCUUGAACUCAUUCCAAGAUCCGCAUCCAAGAGUGAGAUGGGCGGCAAUUAAUGCCAUUGGCCAACUCUCCACGGAUUUGGGUCCAGAUUUGCAAGUACAGUAUCACCAUAAGGUGCUGCCGGCUUUGGCCUCUGCUAUGGAUGAUUUCCAGAACCCCCGAGUACAGGCACAUGCUGCUUCAGCUGUUCUGAAUUUCAGCGAGAACUGCACGCCGGAGAUUUUGACACCGUACUUGGAUGGAAUUAUUAGCAAAUUGCUUGUAUUGCUACAGAAUGGGAAGCAGAUGGUACAAGAGGGAGCUUUGACAGCUUUAGCAUCUGUUGCCGAUUCAUCUCAGGAGCAAUUCCAGAAGUACUAUGAUGCUGUCAUGCCAUAUCUGAAAGCUAUUUUGAUGAAUGCAACUGACAAGUCCAAUCGUAUGCUUCGUGCUAAAUCCAUGGAAUGCAUUAGUUUGGUCGGUAUGGCUGUGGGGAAGGAGAAAUUCAGGGAUGAUGCUAAACAGGUUAUGGAAGUGUUGAUGUCACUUCAAGGAUCUCAGCUGGAGACAGAUGAUCCAAUAACAAGCUACAUGCUUCAAGCAUGGGCUAGACUUUGCAAGUGCUUAGGUCAAGAUUUUCUUCCAUACAUGAGUGUUGUCAUGCCUCCACUUCUUCAGUCUGCACAGCUCAAACCAGACGUGACCAUAACCUCUGCUGAUUCUGAUGAUGAUAUAGAUGAAUCAGAUGAUGAAAGCAUUGAGACUAUCACUCUUGGGGACAAAAGGAUUGGUAUUAGAACUAGUGUCUUGGAAGAGAAAGCCACAGCUUGCAACAUGCUUUGCUGUUAUGCUGAUGAGCUCAAGGAGGGUUUCUACCCAUGGAUCGAUCAGGUUGCUCCUACUUUGGUUCCUCUUCUCAAAUUUUAUUUCCAUGAAGAGGUUAGGAGGGCAGCAGUUUCAGCUAUGCCAGAGUUAUUACGUUCUGCUACGUUGGCAGUAGAAAAGGGGCAAGCUCAAGGUCGUGAUCAGUCCUAUGUGAAACAAUUGUCUGAUUAUAUAAUUCCAGCAUUGGUGGAAGCUCUGCAUAAGGAACCUGAAACAGAAAUUUGCGCGAGCAUGUUGGAUUCAUUGAAUGAAUGCAUACAGCUCUCUGGACCACUUCUUGAUGAAAGCCAGGUCAGAUGUAUUGUAGAUGAGAUCAAGCAUGUGAUCACAGCAAGCACAACCCGGGCAGAAGAUUUUGAUGCUGAAGAAGGAGAAUUGCUUAAAGAAGAAAAUGAACAGGAGGAAGAAGUGUUUGAUCAGGUUGGCGACUGCUUGGGUACUUUGAUUAAAACCUUCAAAGCUUCUUUCUUGCCAUUCUUUGAUGAACUCUCAGUUUAUAUUACACCUAUGUGGGGCAAGGAUAAAACCACUGAGGAGAGAAGAAUUGCCAUUUGCAUUUUUGAUGAUGUUGCAGAGCAAUGUCGUGAAGCAGCUCUUAAAUAUUAUGACACAUUUGUUCCAUUCCUGUUAGAAGCAUGCAAUGAUGCAAAUCCAGAUGUUCGACAGGCUGCCGUUUAUGGAAUUGGUGUAUGUGCUGAAUUUGGCGGUUCAGUGUUUCGACCUCUUGUCGGAGAGGCCUUAUCCAGGUUAAACAAUGUGAUAAGGCAGCCUGAUGCACAAAAUGCGGACAAUAUAAUGGCAUAUGACAAUGCUGUUUCAGCUCUAGGGAAGAUAUGCCUAUUCCAUCGUGAUGGCAUUGAUGCCUCUCAGAUUAUUCCGGCUUGGUUAAGCUGCUUGCCAAUAAAAAAUGAUCUGAUUGAGGCCAAAAUUGUACAUGAGCAGCUAUGUUUCAUGGUUGAAAGGUCGGACAGAGAGUUGUUGGGACCCAAUAACCAGUUCCUUCCUAAAAUCCUUUCCGUGUUCGCUGAGGUGUUCUGUGCAGGCAAAGAUCUAGCCACAGAACAAACUGCCAGCAGGAUGAUCAAUCUAUUGAUGAGGCAGCUUCAGCAGACAAUGCCACCUGCUGUGCUGGCUUCGACAUUGUCAUCUUUGCAGCCUCAGCAGCAGCUUGCAUUGCAAUCGGUAAUGUCAUCGUAAAUAUCAAUCUUUUUUGGUGCAUUGUCAUGGGGAUCUUCCCAGUUUGCCUGUUUUCAUCUUUUAUGUUUCCCAUUCUUUAUGCUCACUUUGUUCUGAGUGGAUUUUUGUGGUUGAUGAUUGCAUCCCUCCGUCGAUUAUCACGAGUGGGAACUUCUUGGUUAAUUGUCUUUGGGUGUAGACAGUGUAUAGUAUUAAAGGGGUCAAAUUCAUAUCAUCUGUUGUAUUAUCUCCUUCACCCAAGGGAAAUAGGUGAAAAAAGAGAAAAAAAGAAAAACUUGCCGCAUGUUGGCAUUUGAGAGUUUUGUUAUAAUUUUUUUUAAUGCGAGUGAUCGGUUGAGAGAGUGUAAGGAAUGCUUUUCUUGUCUCAUUUUUGGUGCUUGAUGUCCUUUUUGGCCCCCUAUUCAAACUUCAAAGUAAAGAGAUUUGUUUAUUUGUC